UUACAUUUUCAUCAAUAUACAAAUAUUUAGUUACCAUCACUUUCAUAAUAAAAUGCCAGAAAAUCUCAAAGAACCUCGUCUUGUAACAAGAAAGUUCUUAGCCAAACCUCAACGAGAAGGUGUUGGUGCUGUUGUUAGAAGAAGCAUAGGAAGAUUUGAGCUCAAGUACUUUGAUCCUUUCCUUGUCUUGGAUGAAUUCUCAGUUGCUGCUCCUUCUGGAUUUCCUGAUCAUCCACAUAGAGGUUUUGAGACUGUUACAUAUAUGUUACAGGGUGCAGUAACACAUGAAGAUUUUGAAGGACACAAGGGAACAAUUGAAGCUGGUGACUUGCAGUGGAUGACUGCUGGUAGAGGGAUAGUGCACUCAGAAAUGCCUGCUUCUCAAGGAAUCCAAAAGGGUCUACAGCUAUGGAUCAACCUUGCUUCCCAGCAUAAAAUGAUUGAACCAAAGUAUCAAGAAAUUUUAAGCAAGGACAUAGUAGAAGCUACAAAAGAUGGUAUCAAGGUUAGAGUUAUUGCAGGGGAAGCUCUUGGAAUAAAGUCACCAAUUUACACAAGGACACCAACAAUGUAUUUGGACUUUACUCUUAAACCUGGAGCACACUUGCAACAACUUGUACCUAAAUCUUGGAAUGCUUUUGUGUACAUAUUGGAAGGAGAGGGUAUUUUCGGAAACAAAAAUUCUCAUCCUACAACCUCUCACCAUAUUCUCCUUCUAGGGUUUGGGGAUGGUCUAGAGGCAUGGAAUAAUUCUUCUAAGGUACUUAGAUUCAUUUUGGUUGGAGGUGAACCAUUAGGUGAACCAGUGGUACAAUUUGGACCCUUUGUGAUGAAUACUCAAGAAGAGAUUGACCAAACUAUUGAUGAUUUUGAAAAUUAUACCAAUGGUUUUGAGAAAGCAAAACAUUGGAGGUCUAGUGAAGUUGGUUUAGAUCUUUGAUAUCAUUUAUUGUCACAUUUGUAUGGUGGAUUUGCAGAUAAAAAGGGCAAGGGAGAAAUAAAUAUUCCCACUCCUUGUAAUUUUUUUUUAUGUAAAACGCAAUCUAUGAUUAGUAUUUUACUAUUUUAUAACAGGUGGAUAGCUAACUUAUUGUUAAAAAUAAAUAUCCCCAU